AACAAGCCUGUACGCGAGCUAACCACUCGUUUGCUCAGCAAAAAAUACGAGCCAAGACAAUCGAGCUUCAAUAUAUUCUGGACAGUUGAACGGUGCACACAGAUCCAAACGUUCCAUUUUUGAAAAAAUACUUUUUCUACCGACGUUCUAGUCAGCCAGUGUUCAAGAUGAAUCUUCGAUUGCACGUGUUUUCCUGCCAGCUUCUGUGGCUUGUGGCUACAUUGUCUGGGAAGAGCCUGCAAGGAGUCCCGGGGUACGGGAGGAACCUGGUCAUCAAGACUCUACCGGCCAUCGAAGAUUACCAAAGCAAUGUUUACGAAGUGUUUAUGGAGCCUUAUUUAUAUCCUCUCGGCCAGCCUAUCUACCCAGAGAGAGCAGAAAAGCAGAUCGACAUAACAGGAGUGCCGCGCCUGCACCCGGGGCUCCAGGCCGUGGUGUACCUGAAGGCUGACGAGGAGUCCGGCGUGAGCGGCGAGCUGGUGUUCACGCAGGUCGUGCCUAAUGGACCGGUCACCAUCGAGGGGAACGUCACCGGGCUGAGUGCUGGUCUUCACGGGAUCCACGUCCACCAGACUGGCGCCAUCAAGGACAACUGCAAGGACAUAGGACCACAUUUCAUCGCUUACUAUGGUCGUCACGGCGGGCCCAGGGACCACAUCCGUCACGUCGGAGACCUCGGCAACAUCAAGGCGGAAGAAGGACCGGUCAACGUGAAGAUCAUCGACCACCUGAUCUCCCUAUCUGGUCCCAGGUCCAUCCUCGGCAGGUCCCUGGCUAUCUCGAAGGCGGAGGAUGACUACGGCAGGUCCAGUACUGAGGACAGUGCUUUGACCGGCACCUCUGGACCGGCGGUCGCGUGCGGGGUUAUUGGAUAUUUGAAUUGAAUUGGUUUACGGAAUAAAAGUUUUAAAAGUU